CGGAUCUGCACCCAUUACUUUCUGACUCUCUUCCAAACAAUACAAUAAAGAGCAACAUUAGAAAACAAGAAAAAGAGAUCAAAGCUACAAGCUUCUUGUUUCGCGGACAGAGCAUUUCAUACGACUGAGGUGCUUGUUUUGUUUCUUUUUUUCUGUCCUCGGAGGGUUUUUGAGACCACUCCAGACGUCAGACCACCGGACUUCUCUUGUUGACUUCUUCACACCCUUUUAAGGAAAAAUGGGGAAACAGAACAGCAAGCUGACCCCUGAAGUGAUGGAGGACCUGGUGAAGAACACAGAGUUCAACGAGCAUGAGCUGAAGCAGUGGUACAAGGGAUUCCUGAAGGACUGCCCCACCGGCCGACUAAACCUGGAUGAGUUCCAGCAGCUCUAUGUCAAGUUCUUCCCUUAUGGCGAUGCAUCCAAGUUUGCCCAACACGCCUUCAGGACCUUUGACAAGAACAGUGACGGCACCAUCGACUUCAGAGAGUUCAUUUGUGCACUGUCCAUCACAUCACGGGGCAGCUUCGAGCAGAAACUCAACUGGGCCUUCAACAUGUACGACCUGGACGGAGACGGCAAAAUCACACGGGUGGAGAUGCUGGAGAUCAUUGAGGCAAUCUACAAGAUGGUUGGCACUGUGAUCAUGAUGAAAAUGAACGAGGACGGGCUGACGCCCGAGCAGAGGGUGGACAAGAUCUUCUCCAAGAUGGAUAAGAACAACGACGACCAGAUCACGCUGGAGGAGUUCAAAGAGGCGGCCAAGAGCGACCCGUCCAUCGUAUUACUGCUGCAGUGUGACCUCCAGAAAUAGGCGUGAACGCGGCAGAGAGCGCUCCACCAGCCGCCACGGACUGCACAGAAAGAAUUUCAUGUUCCAUUCAGUUUGCAGCUAUUUCCACUGAAAAAAAAAAAAAAAUAUGCUUGGACUACCUUUCAAUGGAUCUGCUUCUUGUGUUUGAAACACUCGUGUGCAUGAGAAUGUUAUUUGCUAUAAAAACAUCUACACGCAGCAUACAGUGGUGUGCGGGGGCAAACUCACACCGCAAACACACACAUCCACACAACUCUACACACAAACAACUUGCACAAAUAAUAAGUAUAUAUAUAAAGAAAUAUAAAUAUGAAUAUAUAUCAAAAUUAUUUAUAGAUCAACUGCCAAAAUGUGAAGUGCAAAGUAUUUUCCAUUCAGUUUCAUUCUACCGGAGCUUGCGCAUCAGUGAUGUGCUACGUUGAAUUUGCCGCUACUCUAUUUAUUGUUCCAAGUUUACCGAUACUAGCUGUGUGUGUUUCACGAUACUGUCAAGCAAACCAAAUUCCUACAACAAUGUACCUUCUUCCAGUAAAAAACUUCAUCCAUCUUGUCAAAUAUUAGCUCGAGAAGAGAUGGUUUAGCUUUCGUCAAAGUUUUCCCCCUGAAAUGAACCUGUACUGUCCGUAACUACAGUCAAUGUUGUUCAUUUGCAUGCCUUUAGGUUCUGCCUUAAAAGUCUAAUUUUCAUCCGGUGUUUGAGAACAGAAAGCCUUAUCAACGCAACGUGGUGACUCUUGAGGGAAAACAGUUUUUCUCUCAGUGGAGAGAUAAAAUAAAUCCGCCUCCUACGAGUUUUCUUAUAUGGGUUGGAAGCUCGGUGAUCAGAUGAGACCUUUUCUUUGGAUUGCUUUAACUGUGGGAGCAUGUUUCCUUGUGGAUUAGCUGUGCUAUAUGUUGCUAAGACCUAAAUACCUGCCCGAUGUGCAUUUAAACACACUGUCUCAUUACAAGGUAGCCAAUGCUGAGUGACGAGGACUUGGUCGUUUUGGAAGCACCAUAAAAAGAGCAAAAUUCGCAGAUAUUUGAUCCAAACCCAAUGAAGGUGAGCGAGUUUUGAAUUAGGAUUCCAAUACGAAUGAACGGGCUGGAGUUAAAAUAGGAAAAUCCUAAACACAUUUAUUUUCUUAUUGAUUCCAUUUUUUCAUUUUGGCUCAUAGGUUGCAUAUCGCUACAAGGAAUUUAGAGUGUUUGAGCAUUAAAGUCGCCCUGAGAUGAGGCUUUUGUGCUGUUGCAUGUUUGUAAUGAGCGUUAAAGCAAUGAUGUUAGCAGUAGGUGGCGUCCCAUCACAUACUGUUACCGCAGGAGGACAGCCCAAUACGUAAAGCCUUGUGUUUAGUAGGUUUAUACAAUUUGCCCUUUUCAGUCCCUGAAAGUUUUACCAAUCAGUCAGAUUUUUGUAUGUUUUUUACUCCCUUUGUUUCACACAUUGCACACAUAGAAGUUCAGUGAAGUAGUGCCUCCUAACGGUGACAUGAAUAACUUUGCCUGGCCCCGGUAUAUAUUUAAGAAUUUAUAUAUUUGUUUUGUGGGAACACAGAAGAAUGAAGCAGAUUUGACAUACAGUCCUGCAACAAAGAUUUAUCAUGCUAGUCCAUCUACGUCCCUUCAGCAGUGUGGAUUGUCUCCCGUAAAGUGUCCAAUCUGAACUUCUUUACAUGAACAUCUUAGGCCUGAUGAUGUUUCUAACCACAAACCUUGUUACUGCUGUGAGGAUACCAAAUCGGAGAAAUGGCAACCAUGUAAAAAGAUUCUUUUGUAGCAUGUUUUGUGUCCCUGACGACAUGGCUGCACUACUCCCUGUGUUGUGAUUUAAUCUAAUAAAAUAAACUCUAUGGGCA